AUGACAUCAACAACAACAACAACAACACCCCCGUUGAUAGUCUUGGCUCCAACCUUUUAUGGCAGCACGGAUGACAUUCGGUAUGCUUUGGGAUUGGAAUCGUGUCGCAAGGCGGCGGAACAUGGCGUUCGAUUGUUGAUUGUGGAUGCGUCCCCUAAUCACCACGACACGGUCCGAGAAUCCUUCACCAAUGCCGGUACCGAUGCAAAAGGCAAAGCCUGGGUGGAAGUGAUUCCACAAACUUACCAGGGGAAAAAGGGAGCUGCCUUACAGGAAGGCGUGGCCGUGGCACAGCAACGGCUCCAAAACGAAUUUCCAUCCCAAAAGGAUACUAGCUUCGUGGCAAUGAUGGAACCUGAGAAAUUUGACUUGGUCCAGUUUUUUAAUCCCAUGGCACAACACAUGGCAGCCAACAAGUUGGAUAUUCUAUUCCCUCGCCGACCCGAUGCCUUGUUUCAGAACACAUAUCCCAUUGAACAGUAUCACGCCGAAAACUUUGCCAACAUCUACUUGAAUACCCUCGGUCAAGCCGUGGGAUUUCCAUCGGUCGACUGGACGUUCGGACCCAUUGUCUUUCGAGCCUCCUUGGCGUCGCAUUGGUUGGAAUACAACGAAGGAGAUUUGUGGGAUGUCCAAUUUGUGCCACUCAUUCGGGCAUGGCGGCGACGACAACAACAAACGAGCAAGAAGACGGAACCAAUAGUGGCGUCGUACGCGGUAGACUACCAUCAUCCCGACAAAAUGAAGCAAGAAGAAGAGGGGGUGGCCAAGUGGAGUGAAAAACGACUCUUUCAACUCAACCUGUUGUUUGACAAAGUGGCAGGGGAACUCAAAAAACAACAGCAACAGCAACAGCAAGAACCUGCAUCGACAGAUAAAGUAUAA